AUGAAUCUCUGCUCUCUAGAAGAGGCGUACAUCCGAUAAGAUCAACUUUGUAGUCUCGUUAAACCGCAGUGCAGAGAAAUUUUUUUCUUCGAAACGCUCUUGUGCCUCGAGCUGAAGUAGAUAGAUGCUGUAACGCGUGAUCCGUCAUCCAAAUUUCAUUUUGGUAAAAAUUGUAAGUCCUUAAGGAAUAAAAUUUGCAAUCAAGUAAAAUUAUACGUGACAUUAUGCAAAAUUGCGAAGGAAAAAGUUCUAAUGAAUCAUUUGAGUGUACAUACAAGGUGCUAUGUCGCGAGAAAAAUGUGAAACCUUUGUCAACGAUACAAAUAUAUCUGCAAAAGAACUGCUUGCGAUUUUGUGUCGAUUAUAUAAAUUUGAAAGACUGGUCGCCACUAUUGGAUAGUAUAAUGGAAAAUCGAAGUCUGUCCGAAAUUUGUAUAUAUAGUCAACGUCUUCAUAAAAAGAUUAAAGAGAAAAUAGACACAGAAGAGAAACUUAUGAAAUUAUGGAGAUGCGCACGAAAGGAUCGACGACAGCCAGUAUUAUACACGAAUAGUCUUCUACAAUGCUUCGUUCAUUCCGUCGCAGUUUGUCUAAAGAAUUCGUUGAUGAUUACCAGCCUUACACUUGAUGGUAUCCCUUUGGCACCCAAGUAUCUAAGGAUUCUUGCUGAUGGCCUGGCAAAUAAUCAUAAUCUGCGAAGCUUAUCAUUGGCCAGAUGUCGAAUAGGUGAUAUGGGAUGUUAUAUGUUGUUGGAAAGUUUGCAGUGUAAUUCAAAUCUUCGUGUUCUGAAUCUAUCGUCAUGCUGUCUCACUACUAGAAGCGCUAUGUGUCUGUCAUUUUUCUUUAAAAAGAGAAAAGCAGAUUUAUUGAAAAAUGUUUGGAAGGAAUCAACAUUAUCUCGUGAUGUGCGUACAACGGAAGAAGGAUUGCAAGUACUAAUACUUGAUAGAAAUUAUCGAUUUAGCGAUAUUGGCUUAAAGCAGUUGAUACGUAUGUUGAAAAACGACUUUUGGCUCAAGACAUUAUGUCUACGAUGUUGUGGAAUUACUCAACGUGGAGGAGAAAUUGUGUUGGAACUUCUACAAACAAAUAGCGUACUUACGCAGAUUGAUCUUAGGGAUAAUGAAGUGUCGACCGACAUAUUGCAAAUUAUUCGCAAGUUCCUAAAGAAAAGGAAAAGCAAAGGGGAAAGAAUACCAAUGAAGAAAAGAUUGCUGAGCCACAAACAUAUCCUUGUACAAGAUAUGGUUUCCAAUGACAGAUUUUGUCAGUCUGAAUCAAAAGAGAACAGAUUUCUUAAAACACAAACUUAUACUCAAAUGAAAAUGCAAAAAGAUAGUAUUUUACAAAUGCAAAAAACCAGACAUGUAUUUAAGUUAAAAAGAAAAAGUGAUAACAAAUAUAGAUUGCACACUGCAGUAAAAAAAAGUCAUAUCAAAUGGUCUAAAGCGGACGAAUUAAAAAAUCGCUUAUCUCUCAUGAUUGAACACAAUCAGAACUUAAUAAGGGAUUUAGAAACGAGCACCAGUUUUCUAUUGGAGGAAAGAGAUCGCCGUUUGAAUGCCGAGGAAGCAUAUCAUAAAAUACAACCCCGACUGAAGAAUCUCAAGAAUAAAAUUGCUAUGCAAAAUUCUAUUCAGUCAAAUAUGCGUUACGAAAAUCAAGUUUACGCAAAUCUACAAAACGUAUUCAAUGACUUAAAAAUAUCUACAAACGGAAAAAUAUUAAGAGUGGAUGACAAAAGUCUUAGCAAAGAAGCUAACGAGAACAAAAUUAAAUUUAAUAUUUGUUACAAAAAUUAACCAUUUAAAAUGACAUUGUUCAAUUCUUUUCAUAAGACUUAAUUGUUCUAAAUAAAUAA